AUGACAACAAGAAUGUACCAGGGAGUCUGUUUGGCACUCUGGAUUAAUAAUUUGACAUUAGUCCAAAGGCAAACUGAGCUUGAGUGUUCGGUGUACGCUGCUCUGCUCUCUCUGUAUUACAGACCCACCGACAACACACUUGUGAACAUGCAGUGGGAGCUCUAUGGGUUUCUUCUCCUGCUGUUACCACCCCAGCAGGCAGCAUGCCCUAGCCGGUGCUUGUGCUUUCGGACAACAGUCAGGUGCAUGCAUUUGAUUCUGGAUGCCAUCCCAGACAUACCAGACCAGACCAGCAUACUUGAUUUACGUUUCAACCGCAUCAGAGAGAUAAAUUUGGGAGCCCUUCAGAAGCUGACCGCCCUCAACACUUUAUUGCUGAACAACAACCAAAUCAGAGGGAUUUCACAGAGAACUUUUGAGACAUUAGAAAGCCUGAAACAACUUUAUCUUUACAAGAAUGAUAUCCGCAGUAUACAUAAAAAUGCUUUUCAUGGACUGCGUUCACUGGAGCAGCUGUAUCUUCACUUCAAUUACCUGGAAACUCUAGAUGCAGAGACCUUUGGUGACCUCCCUAAGCUGGAGAGACUAUUCCUGCACAACAACCGGAUUACCAGGAUUCAACCAGGAACUUUUUCUCAGCUCCCAUCUCUGACACGUUUACGCUUGGAUUCUAACCCCUUCACCUGUGACUGUGAGCUGGUGUGGCUGGUGGAUCUUCUUAGGAAGCUCACCGAGAGGAGCAGUACUCAUGCAGCUGUGACAUGUGAACACCCUGUCCAUCUGCGAGGGAUGGCUGUGAGCUUGCUCUCUGCCGAACAGUUUAACUGCGAUAUACCCCGUAUACUGUCAGAGCCCAGAGAUGCAGAUGUCAUACUUGGGAACACUGUUUAUUUCACCUGUCGGGCUGAGGGGAACCCAAAACCUGAUAUCGUAUGGCUACACAACAACAAUGAGAUUGAUAUGAGCUACGAUGGUCGGCUAAAUCUUUUACGUGAUGGGACCCUGAUGAUUCAGAACACGCAGGAAUCCGAUAAGGGAGUUUACCAGUGUGCCGCUAAAAACAUAGCUGGUGAGGUGCGCACACAGGAGGCCAUCCUGCGUUAUUCUGGCGACCAGUCAAAGCCUUUUUUUAUAAUCCAACCUCAGAACACAGAGGUGCUAGUAGGCGGUAGUGUAACUUUGGAGUGUAGCGUAUCGGGGGACCCUCAGCCAAGCAUUACUUGGACUACAGACACGGGGGAUCCUGUCCCCAGUAAUGAGCGCUUCACCAUCACCAGCUCUGGGGGCUUGUAUAUCCAGAAUGUCACUUUGGCUGAACAUGGACAGUACCAGUGUCACGCAAGCAACAGCGAGGGCUCCUUACAAGCAUCUGCUUCUGUCAUUGUACAAGAAGGGCAACAGUUUACAGUGGCCCCCAGUGACCAGACUUUGACUGAGGGUCAAGAUGCACAAUUUGCCUGUUCUGCCAGUGGACAACCAGUUCCAGUUAUAACUUGGACUAAAGCAGGAGGAGAAUUGCCAAAUGAUGGAAGAUUUCUGAUUCUUCCAUCGGGAACUCUCCAGAUUCUGAGGGUUGUACUUCAGGAUGGGGGACAGUAUGAGUGUCAUGCCACCAGUUCCAUAGGGGUCAGCUCCACCUCUGUACAGCUUUUCAUACAGCCACAAGGCUUAAUGCGUGAUGGAGAUGCCUUUGUGGAGAUGUCCUUGCAAGAAGCUAUUCAAAGUGUCAACAUCAGCUUCAAUGCCACCCACAGACAUUUGUUCAGCUGGCUUCCUAAAUCAUCAAGUGACCUCUUUGCCCUUGCCCGUUACCCUCGAGAUCCCCAGGCUAUUGAGAGUGUAAGAUCAGCAGAAAUCCUGGAAAGGACACUGGAAUUAAUAGAGCAACAUGUGCAGGAAGGACUCCCUGGAAAUCUGAACAGCACAAACUAUCACUACAGUGAGCUGAUCUCCCCUCACUAUAUCAGCAUGAUUGCCACAGUAUCUGGCUGUACUGCACAGAGACGGGCCCCUAACUGCUCUGAUAUGUGUUUUCACCAACGGUACCGCACACAUGAUGGCACUUGUAACAACUUUCAACACCCAAUGUGGGGAGCAUCAGUCACUGCUUUCCAGCGUCUGAUUAGACCCGCUUACCAGAAUGGAUUCAAUCUUCCUCGUGGAUUUGGUGCCUCAGAAUCUGGGGUCCUUCCUUUACCUCUUCCCCGCCUGGUGUCCACUACUAUGAUUGGCACAGAAACUAUUACUGCAGAUUCCCAGUAUACACACAUGCUCAUGCAGUGGGGACAGUUCCUGGACCAUGAUCUGGACCAAACUAUACCAGCCCUCAGUAUGUCUCGGUUUUCUGAUGCUCUACCUUGCAGCCAGGUGUGUACGAAUGACCCACCCUGCUUUCCCAUCACUAUACCUGAGAACGAUCCUCGUGUGAGCAGUGGGCGCUGCAUGUUCUUUGCACGAUCCAGUCCAGUUUGCGGGAGUGGAGUGACUUCCCUUCUUCUGGACUCUGCCUAUUAUCGAGAGCAGGUGAAUUUGAUUACCUCCUACCUUGAUGCUUCUAAUGUCUAUGGAAGUACUGAAGAGGAAUCCCAGGAGUUGAGAGAUCUUCAUAGCCAGAGGGGGAUGCUAAAAGUUGGCAGAAUGGUGUCUAGUUCGGGGAAGCAUCUGAUGCCUUUUGCCAAUGGGCCUCCUACAGAAUGUAUGAGGGAUGAGCAAGAAAGCUCUGUUCCUUGCUUUCUGGCAGGGGAUCACCGUGCUAACGAGCAGCUUGGCCUUACCUCCAUGCACACAUUGUGGUUCCGGGAACAUAAUCGUAUUGCAGAACAUCUAUUGAAACUCAAUCCUCACUGGAAUGGGGACAAGGUUUAUUAUGAAGCUAGGAAAUUAGUGGCUGCUCAAAUGCAGCACAUCACAUAUGCACACUGGCUUCCUAAAGUCUUUGGAGAAACCGGAAUGAGCAUGUUGGGAGAAUACAGAGGGUAUGACCCUAAUGUCAAUAGUGGUAUCUUUAAUGCCUUUGCCACUGCUGCUUUCCGAUUUGGGCACACAUUGAUUAAUCCUAUUUUAUAUAGACUAAAUGAAAGCUUUCAAACAAUCCCACAAGGGCACCUCCCACUACACAAAGCCUUCUUCAGUCCAUUCAGGCUGCUACAGGAGGGAGGGAUAGACCCUUUGCUGCGUGGACUCUUUGGGGUUCCUGGAAAGAUGAGAGACCCCACAGCUUUGCUGAACCUAGAACUUACAGAGAAGCUUUUCUCCGCUGUUCAUUUGGUGUCUUUAGAUCUUGCUGCAAUUAACAUCCAGCGUGGUCGAGAUCAUGGCAUCCCACCUUACAAUGACUACCGUGUUUUCUGCAACCUCACUUCAGCUAAGGACUUUGACGACCUACAAAAUGAGAUCAAGAACCAGGAUAUAAGGCAGAAACUUCGCAGCCUGUAUGGAACUCCUAUGAAUGUGGAUCUUUUCCCAGCACUUAUGGUGGAAGACUUAGUACCGGGGUCUCGGCUGGGACCCACUCUAAUGUGUCUUCUAGUUACUCAGUUCAGAAGACUGCGGGAUGGAGACAGAUUCUGGUAUAGUAACUCCGGAGUCUUCACUCCAGCUCAACUCACCCAGAUAAAGCAGACGUCACUAGCUAGAAUCCUGUGUGAUAACGGGGACAACAUUCAGCAUGUCCAGAAGGAUGUUUUUCGUGUGGCCUCCUUCCCACAGGGUAUGCAGAAGUGUGAAGAUAUUCCCAGUGUGGAUCUACAUCCCUGGAAAGAAUGCUGUGAUGAUUGUGGAACAGGAGGUCCAUUUGAGGCAUUAUCUCUACAUUUCCGGAGCCGGAGGGAUCAGAAAUUCAGCUACACAGAGGAUCUUCCCCACCAAUCCAGUGCAGAAGAUCCCAGACAAGAGGGUCUUCCUGAGGACUAUCCAGCUGAAGAUGUUUUGUCCACACUGGAGAGAACCAUCACUACCCUACAGAACAAGGUGCAGGCGAUUGAAGCUCAGCUGAGGCACUGGCAAAAGAUGUUUCCAGAUACAGGAGCAGAACCCCAGGAUCUGCAGCAAUGAUAUUUUGCAGCAGGUUGCUUCAUAUACAGGGAAUACAUGAUAAUUCGGGACUCUGAAUUGAAGAAAUGAAAGGACCAAUUCACUAUCACUAUCUACAGUCACAACUCAACCUUGAAAACUGAGAUCACUCCAGGAUGUGUAUAUAUUUUGUUCAACCACGAAUGAAAUCCUGACUCUUGUUUACUCAUUACUUAGGAGUGAACCAUCCAUCCGCCAUCAGAACACUAAAAGAUCUCCAUACUUUCUGACUUGUACUGUUGUUCAAUUCUACCCUUCGUCCUGCAUCCAGUGAUGAAUAUAUACAUCAUUAUUGGGAACCUGCAGUGCCGAUAGCUCUGUUUCUGCUUUUAACAUUAUUCUAAUGUAAUGCUAAUCUAAGCUAUACAUCCUUAAUGUACCAGGACAUAAAUAUGAUUACUGGGUCAGUUUUGACUUUAGUGUAAAGUUCUGGUCUGUGCCAGCCCAUUGCACUCCUCUAAUGCAUUCAUUAUUUGGGCUGAUUCCAUAUUCAUGGGCAUGCAUUGGUUCCUAAUGAAUUGAUGGACUGAAUAUGGUUUCAGACUCCACAAUGGCAGCUUCCACUGGGUCACAUUUACAGUAGAGUAUAUUCAAUUCACUGUUCAAAACACCUUGUUUUUACCUCAGUCCUCCCAGUACAAGCCAACAAACCUCAGAUGUCAGAUGCAAGUCUUUGGGAAGAGGAAAUUGCUGUGCCUCCAUCUGUGCAACAAAGAGAGCUUCUAAAAUGCUGCCUCCACCUUUUUUAUAUCAUUGCAAUAAACUAGUUUAUGCUAAACUUUUUUGUGUACUGGUACGCUUACUCAGUACAAUGGGGGUGAUUCCGAGUUGUUCGCUCGCUAGCUGCUUUUAGGAGCAUUGCACACGCUAAGCCGCCGCCUACUGGGAGUGUAUCUUAGCAUAGAAGAAUUGCGAACAAAAGCUUCGCUAAUUUUCUCGUAACGAUUACCCCGCAGUUUCUGAGUAGCUCCAGACUUACUCAGCCAUUGCGACCAGCUCAGUCCUUUUCGUUCCUGGUUUGAUGUCACAAACACUCCCAGCGUUUGCCCAGCCACUCCCCCGUUUCUCCAGCCACUCCCGCGUUUUGCAACUCGAACGCCUGCGUUUUUCCGCACGCUCCCAUAAAACGUCCAGUUUCCGCCCAGAAACACCCACUUCCUGUCAAUCACACUACGAUCAGCACAGCGAUGAAAAAGCUUUGUUAUGCCGUGAGUAAAAUACCUAACUUUUGUGUAAAAUAACUAAGCGCAUGCGCUCUGCGAACCUUGCGCAUGCGCAGUAAGUGACUAAUCGCAGUAUAGUGAAAAUCGGCAACGAGCGAACAACUCGGAAUGAUCCCCAAUGCAAAGCAUUCUCACUGCCCACCACCUGUCUGCGCCCUGUGCAAACUUCUACAAGAAUGUGGGCAUCUGGUUGCAUAGGCCUGUUUGUCUCUGGGGGCAGUUUAUGUUGUUUGAUCCAGUUUGAGGCACAUAGUUGGGACCUAUCUGACUUUGUAUUUGUACUGCACAUUUGAUGUUUUGUGCUACCUAAAUAACCUGCAUUGUGUGCAGGUGACUGGAUGUGCUAGACCUAUUAUUGAACUUGGGUGAAGUACCGUGAUUUAUAGUCCGACUGGAAAAAAAAAAAAGAAGAAGAUAGUCUUCCUUCAGCUCCUGGAAGAUGGUGGAGGAGAGUGAGGGGGAAAUGUACAAAAGUUGGCAAGAACCUUUAUUUAUUUUCUUGUAGAAGUGACGUGUUCGGAGGUGAGCCUUUCCUGUCAUACUAACGCAUACGC